GACGAUAUUGAGAUUGAGCUGCAGAAGCGGGCGGUUGUGAAAGCCAAGCGUGCUGUCGCCAUCUUGCCUGCCGAUUUUCGUGCUGUCGACUGUUGUAGCCUCAGGCAGCACUGCUCGGGCCGCUGAAUCUUGGCGCUUCCACCGCAAAUUGCUGCUUCCCGCACAUCAUCGCAUCGAGACUUUGCUGCGCAGACGUCGCUUUCAGGACCAAUACUAACACAGCAGCAGUCACGAUGGUCGCCGCAAAGAAGCACGUCCCGAUCGUGAAGAAGCACACCACUCGCUUCAACCGCCACCAGUCCGACCGCUUCAAGUGCGUCGACCCAUCAUGGAGGAAGCCUAAGGGUAUCGACAACCGUGUCCGGAGACGAUUCAAGGGCCAGGCCGCCAUGCCAAAGAUCGGCUACGGUAACAACAAGAAGACCCGCCACAUGAUGCCAUCCGGCCACAAGGCUUUCCUCGUCAACAACAUCCGUGACUUGGACCUCCUCCUCAUGCACAACCGCACCUACGCUGCCGAAAUCGCACAUGCAGUCUCGUCGAGAAAGCGCAUCGAAAUCGUGGCCCGCGCCAAGCAGCUCGGCGUCAAGGUCACCAACGGCAAGGCCAAGAUCACCUCCGAGUCGUAAACGUGUUUCCUUACUUUAUGAUGCGGGCAAUGUGACUACAGGCGAUGGAAUGAAAGCAGGAACUGGGAUGGCGUCAUUGAAAGGGUGCAAUUGCAAUGCAUAUUCGAGGUUGCUUUAUGGGCCAGACCACUGUUCAGCGAUUUUUGGCUGGUCUGGAGGUCUCUACAUGAACGCCGCCAACGCCUCGCUAGAGUACUGCAGUACGUAGCGUACUGAAUCGCGUGAAAGCAUGAAGAAAUGAUGAUGUG